AUGGAGAACCAAGGCGCUUAUCCGGAGUCUACCAUGGAGCAGGAUGAGUCUUACCCGUGCAAGGGCUGUGGAGAGACCCUUGAAGAAGGAAAAGCGUUUGAGCUUGCUGGAAACCGGUGGCACAUCGACUGUUUCCGAUGCAGUACAUGCAGCACUCUUCUUGACUCGGACGCGCACCUUCUCCUUUUGGGCGAUGGAUCUCUUAUAUGUAGCAACUGCACAUAUAGUUGUAGCUCCUGCAACAACAAGAUCGAGGAUUUGGCCAUCUUGACAGGAGACCAGGCUUUCUGCGCGCAAUGCUUCCGAUGCCGGAACUGCAAGCGAAAAAUUGAGAACUUGCGCUAUGCGCGUACUUCACAGGGUAUAUUCUGCAUGGAAUGUCACGAAUCGCUAAUGGCUCGAAGAAGAAAACGGAAAGCUGGUGGCAGUAGUGCGAAAAAACCAGCAGGACCUAAUGUGAAACUGGAUAAAUCCUUGCCGUCGUUGCCUCCUCACCUUCUUGAAGAAGCGCAAUUAACGGAAGAGGAGCCUAGUGAAUAUACAGGCACGCCUGACCCUAAUAGAAUGGCAGAAACGCCUGAUCUAAAUCAAAGGCCGGAAAGCUCAACUUCCAAUCAGCAAACCGACUCAGACAUUCUCCUUCCAUCCAGCACAUAUCGCAGCAGUCGUCAAUCAAUUCCACGCAAGACUGAUGCAAAUGGUGGUGAAUUGUUGAUUCCUCUUGCAUUUGAUCCUUCAGCUGAGGGUAAUUCUUCCCGUGGUCACUCACAGACGCGGCAAGAGCCUACCCGCGACUAUUUCAAUCAAAGCCGAUCUGGUGACGGUUCACGCAGGGCCUCGCGCGACGGCCGUGAAUAUCUACCAGAGCCCACUUCUCGAAAAUCAUCGGAAAGCCAUUCGCCCCAUAUCGCCUAUCAGGAGAAGGGCUGGGAACGAGAAGACGCCAUUUCACCCGAUAAAGCAGCAAUUUCCGAUUUCAAGCUUACAAAAUCGGACUCUGCGCGCAGCUCAUCCGAUAUACCGAUCAGCUUCAGAGAAACCAGCAAUCUUACUGGGCCGACCAGCCCUGGUAGCACGAGAUCAAAGGAAUAUUCCACCGAUACAAAACGACACAUUCCCAUGGAUAGCGUUGCUUCGGCCCCAGCUCGUCCCUCGAGUGAGCUUCGUCGUCAUCACGACCAUGGCUCAUCGGACUCGCCGCGCUCUCCAACCUCCGGCUUGUCGCAUCUGCCAAAGCGUGGCGAUUCACUGGAAGGCAGGCUCCACCAAAUUCCAAGGAAAGAGGUUGGAACGUCGCCUGUAUCAUCGCAAUACGAGGAGUCCCCCAUGCUCCGUAGUGACACUUUCGAGCAGCCGAGUCAGCAUACUCCCUUGAACACAGCACUACUUGAAUCACACACACACGAUGGCGCCGGCGGAUCCAGCUUGCUACGGUACAAUAGCGGAGGUGACUUCUCUAUGGACGAAGAGUUAUCGCGCAUCAUCGGUGGUGAUGAUAUAGUUGGGCAAAAUAACGAGUCAUUCCUGCGGCGCGUCUCAAACUCUGUCCGCCAUGGUCGAAGCUUCAGUGAGAAGAGUGUGCGGAUGAGCAAAGAUCUCAAAAACCCUCGAUCACCAAGCACUCGAAGCAUAGCUGGAACGGAUGUUGGCAGUCCCAUCGCCGGAUCACAGAGUGAAGAGAUCUCUUGGCUUCGCAACGAACUGCGUAAAGAACGCCAACGAGUUGCAGAACUGGAAUCAGCUGCUCGCACCGCAGCAGCCGUCAAGCAGGUUAAUACCGAACUUUCUGAGAAGCGAUCUACCAUGGUCGUCCUUGAUGCUCAGCGCGAGAUUGUUCUGCGUGAGCUCACGGUUCUCACCGAUCAUAUGGAGGCUGAAAAGCGCGAUGGUACCAGUGGGCCAUUAGAUCUUGGCAAACUCUCGAAUCGUGUCCUGCGCGAGCUGGCAGAGUCCAUUCAAAAACUGAAAGAAUCGUAUGCUCCGCAGAUUGAAGAGCUUAUGCAAAAGCGCAAUGACCUGUCGGAGGAACUGGAAGCCAUGAAUGCUCAAAAGGAAAAGAGCUUCCAGGAAUUCGAGCAAUUGUCUAUGAAGAACGCACAGCUAGCUGAGUUGAACAAUCAGUUGGUUCACCAGAUCCAAGAACUCUACAAAGCUACGGAAGGUCAACCGCGACCCAACGGCUUAGGCAUCUCUCACAACAAACAGCAGUCCACAAACUCUAUUGAAGUGAUGAAACCUUCCUUCUCCAACGACUAUCAAUCAAUGUCGACUGCUCACAUCUCGGAGGAUUCCGAGCCUGCUACGGCUACUGUUGUGCCAGGCCCCCAGGUUGUCAGCAUUCGCAAAGGUCAGCCUCGUAAGUUCAACUGGAAAAAGGGUGGACAGAACGUUGCCAAAGGUGUCAAGGGCCUCAAGGGAGCCUUCAUGUCUAGUGAAGGACAGCCACAAGAGGGUACCGGUGGUAUACCGCGUUCUCAGACUCAAGACCCGAGUCGCCAAGGCUUUGGGUUCUUUGGAAACCAGAGAGGCAAGCAGGGAGGGAAGAUGUCCCAAGCCGACAGCGUGCCAGUGCUGGCUGAAGUUGCCGCUGAUGCUCUCUUCGGCACCGAUCUUGAGGCUCGCAUGGAACACGAAAAGAGCAUCAUUCCAGCCAUCGUCACGCGGUGUAUCCAGGAAGUUGAAUUGCGAGGUAUGGACAUGGAAGGCAUUUAUCGCAAGUCUGGUGCUGCUUCAGUCAUCCAGACUAUCCGUGAAGGCUUUGAACGCUCGCCAUUUGAUUACGAUAUUUCCGACCCGGACCUCGACAUCCAUGCUGUCACAUCUACCUUGAAGCAGUAUUUCCGCAAACUUCCUAACCCUCUAAUCACUUACGAAGUUUAUGAACUUGUGAUAGAUUCUGCCGAAGUUAGCCCUGUGUCUGCGCGAAUCGAACUCAUGCAGAAGAGUCUACUCGAACUGCCUCGCGUGCAUCGCGACGUCCUGGAGUUCCUCAUCUUCCAUCUCAGACGCGUUGUCGAGCGCCAUGAAGAGAACCUGAUGACCAGUCAGAAUGUUGCGGUGGUGUUUGCGCCAACAAUCAUGCGACCCGAAAGUCUCGCCCGUGAAAUGACUGACGUCCAGAAGAAGAAUGACGUCCUGAAAUUCCUGGUGGAGAACUGCCAGGAAGUUUUCAUGGGCAUGCAGGGCUAG